UAGCAGCAGCAGCAGCAGCUGCUAGCUUAGCAUGCUAACGUGUCUCGGACGGUAGCCGGGUUAAAGCCAAUAUUAUAUUAUAACACCAACUACAGAAAGCCGUGACAAUUACAGUCAACCCAGCUAACGCUGAGAGGCAGUCUGCGCACACCUGUACCCCGGGAGGGAAGCUUCAUCCUCGGCCACAGGCUCAAGGAAGCCCGCUCCCCUUCCCUCCGCCAUGGACGAGACGGAUGUUGAACAGGUGACCCUGGCUCUGCUGGAUGCGGCUACAGAUAAAGACUCAGAGGUCCAGGAACAAGUCAGAAAGUCCAUGUUGACUCUGGGAAAACAGCAGCCAGACCGAGUGUUAGCCAUGUGUCAAGACUACCUCCUGAAACACCCAAAGUUGGUAGUGAGCCACAGAGUUGUGAUUCUUCAAACCAUUGAGCUGAUUGUUGGCUGCAGGAUAGAGGAAAUCAGUUCCCCCAGGAUAAAAAGUAUCAUCUCCCUGGCUUCGGAUGAGAUGACGCGAUCAAAAGAGGUCAUACCUGAUUGGCAGCAGGCAGCCAGUAAUAUUUUGGUUGCAGUAGGUAACAAAUACAUCAAUGACAUCAUGGAGGAAAUACUAUGCAAAUUUCAGCCGGGCCUUCUACCUCACUUCUUUGUGGUCCAGACCCUGGCAAACCUUUCUGAUUCCAAUGUUUAUGGCAUGGUACCCUUCCUGAAUGCUAUUCUGGGCACAAUGUUGCCAAUGUUGAGCAUGGCCAAACAGGACAACAUGAAGUGGGUCUUCUCGUCUGCUCUGUGUCAUUUUAGCAACAGUAUCUUGGAGUACCUUGCUAACCUGGACAAGGCUCCAGAUCCCACUGUGAGAAAGGACACAUUUUCCAGUGAAAUCUUUGCUGCUUUUGACAUCCUCUUCAGUAAUUGGCUUCAAAGCAGGGAGUCUAAGCUGAGGCUAACAGUAGCUGAGGCAGUGGGCUCGAUGUGCCAUCUGAUGGCCAGUGAUAAGCUGGAGGAACAGAUUCCUAAACUCAUUCCUGCCAUCUUGUCCCUGUACAAGAAAAACAACGAGCACUAUGUCAUCAGCAAGAGUCUGUGCCUCGUGCUCGAUGCUUCCGUCAGCAUGGGCAGCAGGUUGCUGGAGACACAACUGGACGGCCUACUCUUGGUACUGCAUGUACAGGUGUGUGCCCCUGUUGAAUACAGUAACCCUCCUACUGUCAAGAACCACAACGAGGUCCUGCGCUGCUUCAGCUUACUGGCUAACUCCUUCCCAGACCGACUGGUUAUGUUUGUUCUUCAGAAGUUAGAGAACAGUAACGAGCGAAACCGGAUGGGCUCCCUGGUUGUCCUGCGUCACCUCAUCAACUCUACCACGUCCACAAUGGAGAGUAAGAAACUGCUGAUUCUGGCCAGCAUCAGACAGCCAAUGGCUGACCAGAGCAACAAGGUCAAGAAGCGCGUGGUUCAGGUUAUCAGUGCGAUGGCUCAUCACGGCUACCUGGAGCUGGAGGGGGGGGAGCUGCUGGUUCGGUUCAUCGUUCAACACUGUGCCUUACCGGACACAUACGGGCGAGGCCACAGGCCCACAGAUCCUGAGGAGGUGACUAACGAGGCACUGAGGUCGAUGUGUGACAACACUCUUCACCUCCUGACCACCACUGUUGGACGACUAGCAGAUGUGUUAUGGCCAAAGCUGCUGUACUAUCUGACGCCUUCACAGUACAGUAAUGCCACUACACCGCUGUGCAAGAGUCUGAUAGUGCUGGGCAGCAAGAAGAAAAUUAACCAGGAGAGCAGCUUCAACAUUGACUUCACACAGGAAGUCAAUCUGCCCUCCCCUCAAAUACUAUUGGUCAGACUGCUGGUGAACGCAGCGUUUCCGUUCAGUAGCAGAGGCCAUGGAGCUCCGUCUCUCUCUCUCCUUCAAAUCCUCAGCAUCAACAUCCACCCCAAGACAGAGACACUGUGGGAGAAAGACAUACCUCCUCUGCUUUCCACGUUAGAGGAGUCGACCACAGAGAGCCUGGAUAAAAAGCAGUGGGAGGAGAAGUUGCUGAAGCUCUUGUCUAAAACUCUAGCUACUAUUGAUGAUGACAAGUGGGUGUGCCAGUUGGCAGCUGAGGCAACAAGAUACCUUUCCACGUAUAACAACGCCUUAGAGGAGAAGAGUUUCCUGUAUCGAUGUUUAGGAGCGACUCUACAACAGUGUUUCAACAAGGAGUUGGUCAAAAAACAGCUGCAGGAAAUCCUCCUCGCAGCGCGACACCACGAUGCUGUCGAAAGAGAGGGAGUUGCAAUGGGUGUUGGUCUGUGUGCCAACAGCCACCUGGAAGGAACUCUGGCCAAGCUGGAAGAGUUUGGCAAGUCGGACGCCUUCAAGAAGUCACCAAGCAUAUUCAACAUUCUCAAGGAACGUAAUGACGUUGAGGUGGAGAAGGUGAAAAGCACGCUGAUCUUGUGCUACGGUCAAGUGGCUUUGAACGCACCUCGAGAAAAGAUACUAACCCGCAUUGAUCAAGACAUUCUCCGCUGCAUCAGCAAACACUUCAAUACAAAGGUUCUGGGGAUUAAAGUAGAGACGAAGGACCUGACCAUGAAGCUCAGUUUGAUCCAGAGUGUUGGGCUCAUCGCCAAAGCCAUCAGUGAGUGUGUGAAGAAACAAGGCUACGUCUUCUCUCGCAAACAGGAGCUCAUCACUGUUAUGCUGGAUUUUAUCAAAGCAGAGCCAGCUGAUUUGUUGAGGACUCCAGUACGCCAUCUAGUGAUGACCACCUUUGCCAACCUCAUGCCUCUGGACCCUGCGCUCAGUGAGAAUGAGAGCUUUGAUUUGCUGAAGGUUUGUGUGAACGGUGUGUUCUCUCUGCCAUCUGAGACGCACACACCAGAGAAAACAAAAGAGGAGGAGACACUGGACCCCACGCAGAGAAAGGCGUUGUACAAAGACACGUUGGCUGCACUGCAGGAGCUUCUGAAAAGUGUUCUGGUCAAGGAUCCCACCCCUGAUGGCCUGCAGAGUGUCUUCAAGCACAUUGAAUCCUGGUUGAGCUCUGGACAGGACCACGAGAGAGAGAGAGCUGUCACAGUGACUGCUCACAUGCUGGCUUUCUACCUGGAUACACUGACUGUCAAGAACAUGGUUUCUUUCCACAACCUUGGAGCUCUGCUGGGUCGACUGUCUCCACGAUGUUCUGACCCUCGCCCUGCUGUACGCACUGCUGCUAUGGACUGCAUACACUCUCUGCUUUACAUACAGCUACGCUAUGAAGGUUUCUCCUUAGAUUAUAAGGACGACGGUGUGGACAGUCUGUUGCUCCUAAAAGGCCGGCUAGAUAACCCUGACCCUUCAGUUCUAUACAAGACUUGCUCUGACCUGACAAAGGUGAUGAGUAAGCGUCUGCCUCAGGAGCAGCUGACCCCGUUGGUGUUCAUGUUGUUUGAAGGGCUGGUCGAUAGUCAGCCAAACUGCUGCAGGGCCUCAUCGGUCAUCCUAAAUACUCUGCUGAAGAACCGAGGGGGAGGCCUCCAGGAGCUGGUCCCAGAAAUGCUGGAGGCGCUACAUGUACGUCUGCAGAACAUCACAGAGGAGCAGGUGAGAGUGGCAGUGGGACAGACGGUACUAAUCCUGGCUUCUCAGCAUCUUCAGGCUGUUAUCAAUGCACUAGUUAACAAACCACUUCCUUAUGACAGCUGGACAGGUGAGAUGUGGAUGGCCCUGGGAGCAGACCCCCUUGUAGCCAGUCAGAUCUUGGGGAUGCUGAUGGAGAAGCUACUCAUCAUGGCGCCCUACGUAGACCAGAGGGAAUCGAUGAUGAGAGGAGGGACAAAAAAGGUGGCCACCAGUCAGCCGCUGGCUAUGACUUGUGGUCUCAAAGAGCUGUUAUUAAACGGCCAAAGUCAGGAGCCGGCAGUCGGCAUGUUUCCUCAGCUCUUCUCGUGUCUCACUGUCCGACUGGGCGCAAGCGUCGGGGUCUCUGCACCGAAAGACCACAACACUAAACAAACUGCCUCCGUCCAUGUAGCAGGGGUGGCAGCCGACGCUCUGCGAAUCUUGCUGGCGCGGGCUCAGUUAGACGAGGUGAUGAAAAGACUGGAUGAAGAUAAAGCCUGGGACGCAAUUAAGGAGCUAAAUACACACAUUACUGGAGUUACUCUACUGGCAAGGGCAAUGGCUAAGCAUGCUGGACCCAGGUUGCCCUCCAUCGUGGAGUGUCUGUGUCCCUCCUUGAACAACAUCUACGAAUGCCAGAGGAUCACCGUCACUGCGUUCUUCUCUGAGCUCUUAAACCACCACGUGGUGACAGAGCUGAUGUUGAUAGAUGUGUUGAUGAACAACAUGAUGGAGAGGAUAUCGGACCCCUGUUGCACUGUCCGCAUGCUGGCUGUCAGGGGGCUGGGCAACAUAGCAGUGGGAUCACCUGAGAAGGUAAACAAAUAUGCUAAAGAGCUGCUGGCAGCCAUGAGUUCAGGCAUGGAGGAGAGAGACGAUCCAGGUAAGCUGAUUACCCUCGAAGCAAUGUCGGGUCUUUCCAAAGUUCUCGUCUAUCUGGAUAAGAAGAACGUCCAAUUGUUAGUCGUCUAUAUAUUCAUGAAGAUCAAACCAUUCCUGGAAAGUGAGAACGAUGACAUCCGCUGUGCUUCCAUCCAUCUCAUGGGAAACCUGUCCAAGUUUGGCUCAGGAGAGCAAGUGUUCAAAGACCAGAUCCACAAUGUCCUUGUCAGCCUGCUCUUACACCUGGUGGACCCAAACCCACGGGUGGUCAAGGCCUGUAAGUUUUCAAUGCGAGUGUGUGCUCCCGUCGUGGGAUCAGAGCAGAUCACAGCCAUGUUUCAGAACCACCUCCACGAUGAGAAGAGUUUGCACUAUGGAGAGUUUAUCAACGAUCUCACCAAGUACCUGAUUCAGGACUUUCCAGGCAUGCUGAACUUUUAUCACAUAUCAGUCAUCCAGUUCUUCAAGAGCACCUGGGCGGAGGUCAGGGCAGGAGCUGCCAUGUUUAUAGGGUUUCUUCUUGGGAAUCUUCAAGAGGAACAUUUCUCCCACCUCAACAUGGGCACCAUCACUAAAGGUUUAGUGAUGCUGCUCCAAGAUCCAGAUCCUGUGGUGAGAGUGAAGGCAGCUGAGGCCAUGGGACGUUUCCACUGACGCACACAAAGACCUACAUUCAUAUCCGUUUCCUUAGCGUUUCCUUUAGUUGCCACUACAGCAGAGAAAAAUAAAAAGAAUAUUUAGGAUCAGGCCCACGGUUCACAAAAAACAUUUGGAGCCCACCAUUAAAUGUUUAAUCACUGUAACAGUAUUUAAAUAUUGCAACUGCAACCUUAGUUAAAACCAAAAAACAGGGUCCAAAGCGGCAACAAAUAUGAAGGCCGAAGCCAAACUGUCAGAUUUACCAAUAUGGCAGAAUCAUACAAAUGAAGACUUGUACUUAUUCAUGCACACAUGCACAUAUAUUUAGCAGCUUUGUUAAGCUUCCUUUGACACUUAAGUGUGGUACUUGAAUGGAAGUGUUAAUUCUUAGCUAUACUUCAGUGACCAAAGACUGCGUUGCUGCAUAGAGACCCACGUGGUGUUUAGUGUCAGAUAUCAGAGAUACACGCUGUCAUUGAAAUACACUCCGCGCAUACAAGGUUCUAAUGCAGCACUUAGGGCCACAUUUCAACCUGAGUAAAAUGUCUAUUAGAAUAAUUCUAGUUUCUUCAAAUAAAGAGCAAUGAACAUUUAAAGUACGUGACAACAAUCAUGUCGUCAUACCAGCAUUUCAUGAUAGUGUUGUGCAUGUUAGGCUGAACUGUCAGCAACCGUUCUAAUGAGGAGGUUUACCUCCUCUGGAUGUGUACGUUGGUGCGAGGGACUGAGAUGUGUGUAAUUUAAAAAAACACCAUUGUUGCAAUCUCAUCGCAGUUUUUAGUAGAUCAUGGAGCUUAUUCAUUUAUUCAGCAAUAAACAGACGGUAAACCGCCACAUAGAUUAAGAUCCAAAUAUUGUCAUGAUUCCACGUCGGCUCGUGUCCUUGUGAAAAUAAUAACCGAGGCUUGGUAGUGCUUCGUUUGGAAGGACUGUCUUAGCGAUCUACACUAGUUUUCUGAACCUCAUUGAUGUCGUUGUUUCCAUCUCCAAGCCAUGACGAUGCUAAAACUAAGAGGCCACAGGUCACAUAUUACAGAACACCACCGUCUGUAACAAUCAUUCAUUUGGUCCAUUCAGUCUGCACGCAGGUUAGGAUUUGAUUUAAAGGUCACAGGAGUGUUCAGCAGGAACGUUUAUUAUCACCAGAACAUUUCCAGGCAUCUAGUGCCGGCCGUCAUAACAAACAGACCAAAUGACGGAUGCAAGUCAUUGUAAAGUAGGAAGCCGUUUCUAUUCAGUCUGGUUUUUUAUAACUUUUUGACGUAGUUCUGUGAGAACCCGUCAUGUUCUCACAGAACUACGUUCAUUUCCCUACUAAACCCACACCGGCCUAACUGAGAAGCCAGAACAGCCCGUUGCAGCCAUCAAAGCAUCACUCCGACAGAGCAGACAAGUGUAGCCGUACUGAAAAUAAUUAGUGCCAAAUGUUCAUUGAGAACCUAAUAUUCUAGUAGCACCAUAGAGAUGCUGUAAAGGAUCCUCUCACUUUGAAUGCAUUCAGUGUAGUUCACGUGUCAUUAUGCAUUAAAUGUUUGAAUGUGUACACAUGUGGCUACAGUUGUCGGUUUGCAGACCUUAGUGUCGUGUGAAUGUGUGUUACGUCUGUGCACAAAAAUGUCAUUGUCGAUAUUCAUUUAAAUUAUAUUGGUGAAAGCAAUACAUUGUUUGUUUAUGUUGCACUUUUAAUCUGUUAUUUACUCCCUGAUUUAAUAACGAAGAGCCAAACAAGGAACCAAAUGUUUUUCUUUUUUUUUUUUUACACCUUUUUUACGUUUUUGCACUUCGAAAAACUGGAAAUUGUGCUUGAUAUAGUUUGGUUGGUUGUUCAAGCGGAGCAGAAGUAUAAAUGUUUCCCAUAAGUUAUUUGUUGGUAGAAAAGAAAAUAUGAACAUUCAUACCUGAGAUUAAUCGAGCAAAUGCAAAAGGCUACUAUUUGUUAUAUUUCCUGUUCUACAAUCCGGGAUCAUGACUUCUAACACUACGGCUUCGUUUAGGGUGAAAGGCAAAUAUUGAUCCAAUGACUUUUUAGGUAGGAUGUUUUUUUUCACAUCUUUUACUAGCUUUUUUUAUUUAGUUUACCAGUUUGUGAAUGUCCCUGUAUGAAUAACACAUGGCUGCAAGGAUGAACGUGUGCAUGUCACUUCUCAUGUGUCACCAAACUAGAAGGCCGAGUGGAUGAUUGCAAUCAAUGUAUUUGAAAUUUAAGAAAUAAACAGAUCCAUUAAAGUAUGAUUUAUUUGGUUUGCAAAUACUA